GAUUGGCAAUUGGUCGAGGGUUUUCGUGAAAGCCGGGGUUCGCCGGCCGGAUGUCUUCUGCUGGCAAAUGCGAGAGAAAGAAGUUUAAGAGAAAAUUUUAUCAUCAUAUAAGUCGAUUAGUUCGGUAGAAAGAAAGUUGCUGUAUGUAUGAGAAUCUGUGAUGUGAAUUUUUCAUCUAUAGUUUCUUCAAUUAAUCUGUGAUUUAGUAUAUACAGUCAUUAUGUUUCAUUUACUACAAACUACAUCUGUUUCCACUGCUCAAAAGAUUGGCAAUAUAUAUGUGAAAGCUACACGGAGGUCAUCAGUACGAAAUUUUCAGACAUUUCCUAAGUUUCAGUGUAAAGCUGGAACACCAGAAAAGGUUGAACAAAUAAUUUCAGGAAUACCUUAUAUGAAAUUGAAAAUUGGAGUACCAAAAGAAAUAUGGCAAAAUGAAAGAAGAGUUGCUUUGACACCGGCAGCUGCAUCCACGCUUGUUAAGAAAGGUUUUACUGUAAAUGUAGAGGAAAAUGCUGGACAAGAAGCUAAAUUUUAUAAUGCUGAAUAUGAAGCCGCAGGUGCAAAAAUUACAGAUUUAAAAUCAACGUUUGAAUCUGAUAUAAUUUUGAAAGUUCGAGCACCCAUUGAUGCAGAACUUGGACAAUUUAGAGAAAGAAGUAAUUUAAUAAGCUUUCUAUAUCCUGCUCAAAAUAGGCCAUUAGUUGAUAAACUUGCUAAACUGAAUAUGAAUGUUUUUGCUAUGGAUGCAAUUCCAAGGAUUAGUCGUGCUCAAGUAUUUGAUGCCUUAAGUUCUAUGGCAAAUAUUGCUGGUUAUAAAGCAGUUGUAGAAGCAGCUAAUAAUUUUGGAAGAUUUUUUACAGGUCAGAUUACAGCAGCAGGAAAAGUACCACCAGCAAAAAUAUUAGUCAUCGGAGGUGGUGUUGCUGGUUUGGCAGCAAUUGGCACAGCUAAAAAUAUGGGAGCAAUUGUACGAGCUUUUGAUACAAGAGAAGCCGUUAAGGAGCAAGUAGAAUCAAUGGGAGCAGAAUUUUUAGAAAUUAACCUAAAGGAAUCUGGAGAAGGUGUAGGUGGUUAUGCUAAAGAAAUGUCAAAAGAAUUUAUAGAAGCAGAAAUGGCAUUAUUUGCAAAGCAGUGUAAAGAAGUUGAUAUUGUAAUAACGACAGCAUUGAUUCCAGGAAAACCAGCACCACGACUUAUAACCAGAGAAAUGGUUGAGUCUAUGCGGCCAGGUUCGAUAAUAGUUGAUUUGGCAGCAGAAGCCGGUGGUAAUGUUGAAACAACAAAACCAGGUCAACUUAGUGUUCAUAAAGGAGUUAUUCAUAUUGGUUAUACAGAUUUACCAAGCAGGCUCCCAACACAAUCAUCUACACUUUAUGCAAAUAAUAUAUCUAAAUUUCUAUUGUCAUUAGGCACUAAAGACCAUUAUCAUAUUGAUUUAAAUGAUGAAGUUACACGAGGAUCAAUUGUAUUACAUGAAGGUAAAUUGAUGUGGCCUCCUCCGCCUCCAAAAGAAGUGCCUGCAGCUCCCGUUGCAAAACCUGUUGCUGCUAAACCUGUUACACCCGAACCAAAUUAUUUUAAUGAGACAUUGAAAGAUUCCUUAUUGUAUACAACAGGAUUAGGUUCUUUAGUUGGACUUGGAAUGGUAUCACCAAAUCAGUCUAUAACUACAAUGACAACUAUAUUUGGGUUGUCUGGAAUAGUUGGUUAUCAUACUGUAUGGGGUGUAACUCCAGCACUUCAUUCUCCACUAAUGUCAGUUACUAAUGCAAUAUCUGGUAUAACUGCAGUUGGAGGCUUAUUAUUAAUGGGUGGUGGAUUGUAUCCUACUACAGUUUCACAAGGAUUAGGUGCAGCUGCUGCAUUUAUUUCUACUAUUAAUAUUUGUGGUGGUUUUCUUGUUACAAAAAGAAUGUUAGAUAUGUUUAGGAGACCUACUGAUCCACCAGAAUAUAAUUAUUUAUAUGGAAUACCAGCUGUUGCAUUUACGGGAGGUUAUGCCUUAGUAGCAUCAGCUGGCUAUCCAGAAAUCCAUCAGAUGGCAUAUCUUGGAGCAUCUCUUUGUUGUGUAGGUGCUUUGGCUGGACUUGCUUCACAAAAAACAUCACGUCUGGGUAAUGCAUUAGGAAUGGUGGGUGUUUCUGGGGGUUUAGCAGCUACGUUAGGUAUAAUGGAUAUAUCUCCAGCACUUGCUGCUCAAAUUUCUGCAUGUAUGCUAGGAGGUGGCAGCAUUGGAUUAUACAUUGCCAAGAAAAUUGAAAUUACCGAUUUACCUCAAUUAGUUGCUGCUUUUCAUAGUUUGGUAGGAUUGGCUGCUGUAUUGACAUGCUUUGCAACUUAUAUUGUUGAUUUUCCCACAUUUGCCACAGAUCCAGCAGCAAAUGCUAUUAAAACUGCUCUAUUUCUUGGAACUUUCAUUGGAGGAAUCACAUUUAGUGGUUCUUUAGUAGCAUAUGGAAAACUCCAAGGACUUUUAGACUCUUCUCCUCUUCUUCUACCUGGAAGACACAUGCUUAACAGUGCCUUAUUAGCUGGAAAUGUUGGUGCAAUGGCCUACUAUAUGAUGUCUGGAAGUAAUGCUGUUGGUUUAAGCUGUCUUGGUACAACUACUGUUCUUUCUACUAUAAUGGGAGUUACUCUGACAGCAGCAAUUGGAGUUUUACAGGCAAUGAACAGAUCUCUUCCUAAUGUUAUAUUUGGUGGAUAUGGGACAUCAAGUACAGGAGGUGGAAAACCAAUGGCAAUUACUGGAACUCAUACUGAGACAAAUGUUGAACAAGUUGUACAGAUGAUUGAAGAUGCCAAAAAUAUUAUAAUUACUCCAGGAUAUGGUCUUUGUGUGGCAAAAGCUCAAUAUCCUCUCUCUGAAAUGGUUAAGAUUUUAAAGAAAAAAGGAAAGAAUGUAAGAUUUGGAAUUCAUCCAGUUGCAGGUCGGAUGCCAGGACAGUUAAAUGUGCUUUUGGCAGAAGCUGGUGUUCCUUACGAUAUUGUUUUAGAAAUGGAUGAAAUCAAUCAUGAUUUUGAUGAAACAGAUUUAGUUUUAGUAAUUGGUGCUAAUGACACGGUGAAUUCUUCUGCAGAGGAAGAUCCAAAUUCAAUUAUUGCUGGAAUGCCUGUAUUGAGAGUUUGGCUUGCUAAACAGGUUGUUGUGAUGAAGAGAAGUUUAGGGGUUGGCUAUGCUGCUGUAGAUAAUCCUAUUUUUUAUAAAGAAAAUACUGCAAUGUUAUUAGGAGAUGCUAAGAAAACCUGUGAUGCUCUUUUGAACAAAGUUACAGAAACAUAUGCCUCUUAGGAUGGAAGAAGUAAUCAUUUAUAUCAUGACGUCUGAUUAAAUUACUAUCACGAAAAAAUCAUGGUUUUAUCACAAUGUUAGGUGAAGUCCUUUUUCGUUUAUUUAUCAUGUAAAAGAACAGCAUUAUGCAACUGUAACAAAUCUCAAAAAUAAAUGAAUGAAGAUGGAAAUAAAAUUUUCAAAAUUUUGUAAAUAUGU